AUGUCCAGCAAACCCUCACCACCCUCAACAAUCCUCCCGCUAGACCCAAUCUCCGAAUGGCGCGCCUGGCAAACCCUCAUAAUCAUCUACACAAUCCAACUAAACCACCAAAUCCGCCGCCGCUGCCUCCUCGAACAAGAAUGCAUGCAAAACCUCCCAUCAAGCGACCACUUCCGUCCCCUAAUAUUCCUCGAACCAGUCCCAACCCUGCACAAACCCUCUCCAAACCCCAAUCCCACCAAAUCACCAUCAAACAAUCCCUUCAACCCAGCAACAAUGAACGCCCUACGCACAAAAGCCCGACUAUUACGCGCGCGCGUGGAAAAGGGCAAGGAACUCGGUUCCGAAAUUGAACGACGAAUGGUGCAGGACCCGCCUGCCAAGUUCCCGACGCAUUUCUGUCACACGUGUGUGCAGGAUGGGGAGAGGGUUGAGGUUUUGCUUACGAAGUGUGGUCAUCGGGUUUGUACGACUUGUCUUGAGUUUGCGGGGGAUGGGGAGGGGGGGUAUGAGUGUAGUAUUUGUUUUGAGCCUGCUGAGUUUGUGGCGAGGAGUCCGCCUGGACUUGUCAAGGAGUUUCCGGAGAUUCCUUCGCCUUUUAAAGGACGGGGGAGUUGGGAUGGGGCGAUGGGGGAUUGGAGGAUGAGUGAGGUUUUGAUUCCUGAUUGUUGA